AAUUUCAAACAAUGAAAGACCCUAAUUCUCGCCUUGGGGAAUAUGUGCACAUAAAUGUGAGAUAUUCAAAUCUAAUCAUCGUAGAUAAUCACCGUCCUGAAAAGCAGAGAGAACUUGAAAUCAAGGCCUCAGGACGGGAACAUGAUAAAAUCAUGAAGGAGAGAGCCAGUUCUUCUACCACCACUGAAAAGCUGUUUAAGCCUGACAAAUAUGGACUGAUUCCACAAGUCGUUAUUCUACAAGGAGCUGCAGGAAUUGGAAAAACAACGACAGCAAGAAAAAUCAUGUUUGACUGGGCCUCUGAACAGCUUUAUCAAGACAUGUUUGAUUAUGCUUUCUAUAUUCAUUGCAGGGAGAUGAACUUCUGUACUGAGGAAAAGAGUAUUGUAGACAUAAUGUUGAAAUGGUUGCCCAGUGAACAUGAAGUUAAACAUAAAGCUAAAGAGUUAAGUAAAGAGAUAUUGCAGAAUCCAAAGAAACUCCUAUUCAUAAUUGAUGGGUUUGAUGAAUUAAGAUUUUCCAUCGAUCAGCCGGAAGAUUGCCUUUGCACUGAUCCCUGGAGGAAGGAGCCGAUGGAUGUCCUUCUGAGCAGUUUAUUUCGGAAAAAACUUCUUCCUGAAUCCUAUCUGAUCAUUACAACAAGACCAACAGCCCUGGAGAAAAUCCAACAGUACUUGCAGUGCUCACGUUAUGCUGAGAUCCUGGGAUUUUCAAUGGAGGACAGGGAGGAAUAUUUCCACAAAUUCUUUCAGAAUGAAGACCAAGCAACAGAAGCUUUCAGAAAAGUAAAACAAAAUGAGAGACUCUUCACGAUGUGCUUAAUUCCCCUUGUGUGCUGGAUCAUCUGCACAGUGAUGAAAGGACAGAUGGAAAGAGGUGAAGAUCUUGGGAAGGCAUCAAAUACACUCACUGCAGUCUAUAUGCAAUAUCUCUACAGUUUGUUCAAGUACCAUCACAGCCAAUCCAAGCAAGAAAGCCAAAGAAACUGGAAAGGUUUAUGUUCUUUAGCUGCAGAAGGAAUUAUGAAACGGGAAAUACUAUUUUGCGAAAAAGAAGUCAAGAAGUACGGCUUGGAUCAGGAAGACUCCCUCCCCCUCUUUCUGAAUGAGAAUAUUUUCAUAAGGGACAUUGAAUGUGUUUGUACCUACAGCUUCGUUCACUUAAGCUUCCAGGAGUUUUUUGCUGCUUUACAUUAUGUACUACAGGAAGGAGAAGGGCAGAGAUCAGAAAAGCCUAAUCAAGAUGUGAGGACACUUUUAGAAAGCUACCAGAAUUCAAGAUAUGAUUUAGAAGUAACAGUGCUCUUCAUCUUUGGUCUUUUAAAUGAAAAGAAAAGAAUGAAAAGCUUGAAAGAAAUCUUUGAAUGGAAAUUUUCACUUAAAAUUAAAGAAGUCUUACUGGAAUGGGUGAAAAACACCACUAAAAAUGGGAAAAUUGAAAUGUCAGAAGCACAAAUUUUCCAGUGUUUGUAUGAGAUCCAAGAUGAACAUUUUGUGAAACAUGCAUUGGAACAUAUAACUGAAUUAUAUUGCCAUGGUUUGUCACAGAUGGAAACAAUGGCAAUAGUGUAUUGUCUAGAGCACUGUUGUUGCUUGGAGUUCCUUGAUUUAGGAGGUUUUCAAUAUCUGGAAAAAGAAAAAGAAGAACUCCUUUCAGAACUACGCAAAAGGCAGCUGAAUCAUAAAGAAAAUCUGGAACAGCUUUGCAAAGCAAUGACGUCUCCAAGGAGUAACUUAAAGAAACUGAGGUUUUGGCAAUGUGAUCUGACAGAAGCGUGUUGUGGGGAUCUUGCCUCUGUUCUUUGUACCAACCAGACCCUGACAGUACUAGUGUUUUUGCGAUGUUCUUUGAAAGAUUUUGGACUCCAUCUACUGUGUAGUGGGUUAAAACACCCUAACUGCAGACUGCAGAAGCUCACGUUUUAUGAAUGUCACUUCACAGGAGCUUGUUGUGGGGAUCUUGCCCAAGUUCUCACUGAAAACCAGAGCCUGCAAAAGUUAAGCAUAACUACGAAUCAAAUAGAAGACACCGGAGUGAAAGUGCUGUGUGAAGGGCUCAAGCAUCCAAAGUGUAAUCUACAGGUGCUGCACUUGGCUGUUUGCUCUUUGACAGUGGCUUGUUGUGGGGAUCUUGCCCAAGUUCUCGUUAAAAACCAGAGCCUGAAGGAAUUGGAUCUGUUUGGCAAUGAUCUAGAAGAUGGAGGAGUGAAGCUGCUCUGUGAGGGACUAAAACAUCCAAACAACUAUCUAACGAAGCUAUUCUUGAUGGAUUGCUGUUUGACAGCAGCAUGCUGUGGGGAUCUUGCUGAAGCUCUUACUGUAAACCAGAGGCUGAAAGAAUUAAGUCUGUUUCAGAAUAAAAUAGAAGACGCAGGAGUGGAAGUGCUGUGUGAGGGGCUAAAACAUCCAGACUGUAAACUAGAGGUGCUAAACUUGUUUCAUUGCUCUUUGACAGGAGCUUGUUGUAGGGCUCUUGCUGAAGUUCUCACUGAAAACCAGAGGCUGAAAGAGCUGGUUUUGUCUGGGAAUUCAAUAGAAGACACAGGAGUGAAGCUGCUACGUGAAGGGUUAGAACAUUCAAAGUGUAAUCUACAGGUACCAGAUGUGGAUGAAGGAGGGAUAAGCAAGGAAAUGACAGCAGCCAUGAAGAAUCCUGAAAUGGUGAUGAAGGUUUAUAUGAGAGCCUUUAAUUCUUGCAAUGAAUAAUUUGUCUCAACAAGAUAGUUAUGAUGAGAAACAGCAAGUGAAAAUU